CCGAAACUAUAACAAUUGAACGUGUUUUGAAAAUUAACUUUGGAUUAUAAUAAAUAUGGAGACUUUGUUACAAUUGUCUUUGGUGAUUUUAAUAUUGUGUCAUUCAGUAUUGACAGAAACAAAAAUAAAGAGGUUUCCCAGGAACGUACCCAGUAGAUUUGAAUCUUUGGAUAUAUGCAAUUAUGAAAUUCCAUCAAAAAUCAAUUUUCACAGCAACCACCAUUCAAUAAGUAUUCGAAAAUGUGGCGAAUAUGUAGCAGAGGUUGAUCUGCGUGAGCGACAACGAGAAUUUAAUAAGAAAUGUAAGAAUCAGUGGACAGUUGAAUCUACGCCGGAAUAUUCUCAUAUGGCAGCAGUUGGUUUAAAAACUGGGAGGGGCAGUUUCAAAUUGCAAUGUGCCGGGGCCCUCAUCAGCCCCAACUUUGUAUUGACAGCUUUCACCUGCUACAUGCAUCCAAACAAAAACCUAAAAGUCUCACCAAAUAUUGUCAGACUUGGCACUCCAAAUAUAAAGAAACAACACCAAACGGCUGUAAAUAUAGGAAUUAAACACAUCAUAAAACAUCCAAUGCAGAAAGACAUUUAUAAUGAUCUGGCCCUCGUUGAACUUAGCAAUGCUGUAAAAUUCUCAAAGUACAUCCAGCCGGUAUGCUUAUCAACUGUUGCGGAGAUUUCCCAUCGGCCUAUAUCUGUAACUGGAUGGAACUUUAGGAGUAGUAAAAAUAUAUACAAACCAUUUAACUCUACAUUGCAGUCGGCCAGCAUAAGUAAAUUUGAUAAAAAUUGUUUUGCAAAGGAAACUAAAACAAACUUUAACCAGAAAAUGUUUUGCUCUGAUAAUAUAAAUAUAGAUGGGAUCGCAUCUUGUCCGAGCAAAUGCGGCAGUACUUUACAAAUUAAUUUGAAUGUUAGUAAAAAUGAAGGUGCUUUAUAUAAACUAUUGGCGAUUAUACCUCCGCAAAAUAAUAAAAAUUCAGCAGAUACAUGUAAAUCUAAUGAGGUGGUAUAUAUUGAAAUAAAGCCAUAUCUAAAUUGGAUUGAGCAAAACGUGUGGCCCUAAUAGUUUAAGUGAAAUGUUUGACGAUAGAUUCAUUAUUUCUCCGAUGUACGUAGUAAUAAAUGAGGAACGUCACUGUUAUAAGACUAGUACUAUUCGAUAAAUAAAUAUAGAAGUACAAAUAGAAGUAAAAACUAAACUAAAACUAACUACUUUAGUAAUAAUUAAGUGAACAUGAUACCAUGUUUAAACUAUAAUGACUUAGGUAGCUGUAACUGUAAAUAUUAAUGUAGUAAA